CUAUGUAAAUACAAGAAAAUGGCAGAAGCCUGUAUCUCAGUAGAUCAGAAACAGUUUAGCUGUCCAGUGUGCCUGGACCUUCUAAAGGAUCCAGUGACUCUUCAUUGUGGCCACAAUUACUGUAAGGUGUGUAUUAAUCGCUUUUGGGAUGAGGAGGAUGUGAAUGGUGUCUUCAGCUGUCCUCAGUGUAGAGAGACUUUCACUCCAAGGCCUGUUCUACGCAGGAACAACAUGCUGGCUGAAAUGGUGGAGAACCAAAAUAAGACUGAACUCCAAGUUGCUUCUCCUGCUCACUGUUUAUCUGGACCUGGAGAUGUGGAGUGUGAUUCCUGCAUCGGAAGAAAACUCAAAGCCGUGAAGUCCUGUCUGGUGUGUCUGGCGUCCUAUUGUGAAGAUCAUCUUCAACCUCACUAUCAGUCUCCUGCCUUUAAGACCCACAAGUUAGUGGAAGCCUGUGAGCUCCAAGAGAAGAUCUGCUCUCAGCAUGACAAACCGAUCGAGAUCUACUGUCGUACUGACCAAAGCUUCAUCUGUUACUUGUGUAUGAUGGAUGAACAUAAAGGUCAUGAUACAGUUCCAAGUAGGGCAGAAAGAACUGAAAAACAGAAUGAGCUAAAGGAGGAGCAAAGGAAAUCCGAGCAGAGAAUCCAAGAGAAGCAGAAGGAGGUACAGGAGCUGAAACGGGCUGUAGAUACUAUUAAAAUGCGUUCACAGACAGCAGUAGAGGAAAGUGAGAUAAUCUUUACUGAGCUGAUCAGCCUUAUGGAGAAAAAGCGCUCGGAGGUGACGGAGCUGAUUAGAGAUCAGGAGAAAGCUGAACUGAGUCGAGCUGAACGACUCCUGAAGCAACUGGAGCAGGAGAUUGCUGAUCUUAAGAGGAGAGUCACUGAGCUGGAGCAGCUUUCACACACACACGAUCACAUCCACUUCCUCCAGAGUUUCCCGUCUCUCUGUGUUUCUCCUGGAUUUGAGAACUCACUGUACACUGUCAAUCUACAUCACACAUUUGAUGGAAUGAAAAAAUCUCUCUCAGAUAUGAAAAGACAAGUUGAGCAAAUCCAUCCACAAGCUGUAGAGUUAUUUCAGAUACUACCUUCACAGCUGGAAAGCAGACAGGAUUUUCUGCGAUAUUUUAGGUCUCUGACUCUGGAUCCCAACACAGCAAAUCCUGACCUCUUUCUGUCUGAGAAGAACAGAUCAGUGACACGCAGUGAGAGACGACAGCAAUACUCAGAUCAUCCAGAGAGAUUUGACUACUGGGAGCAGGUGUUGUGUAAAGAGAGUGUGUGUGGACACUGUUAUUGGGAGGUGGAGUGGAGCGGUGAUGUGUACAUAUCAGUCUCAUAUAAAGAGAUCAGCAGGAAAGGAAAGGGUAAUGACUGUAGGUUUGGAUUCAACAAUCAGUCCUGGAGUUUGGUGUGUUAUCCUGCCUCUGUCACUUUCUGGCACAAUAAUGUUAGCACACAUAUCAAAGGUCCAGCCUCCUCCAGAAUAGGAGUGUAUGUGGAUCACAGUGCAGGAACUCUGUCCUUCUACAGCAUCUCUGACACAAUGAAGCUCCUCCACACAGUCCACACCACAUUCACUCAGCCUCUGUACCCUGGGUUCAAGGUCUUUAGAAAUAAUUCAACUGUGAGCUUAUGUGACUUAAAUUAAAUAGUAGUAAAAGGCAGUGCCAGCCUGUCCAACAGGCAAUACAGGCGGUCGCCUAGGGCCCACCUUACAACAGGGGCCCCACACAUGUCGUUAAAAGUAUUUCCUUUUCAACACAAUAGAACGUGAUUACAUGAAUCAGAAUCAGACUAAAUACUGUACAUUAGAUUCGGUUACAGAGAGCCCAUGGCUUAACAGAGCAUAAUCUGUUUCUCAUCAUUGCUGCAGUCACAAUUUUAUUGUGAUACAGUUUGCUCAUACAGAUGGUUUGUGUGUUUAGGUGCGAUAUUUUAAAAUGACAAUUCUUUUUAAAAUUAAAUAUAGAAUUAAAACGUAAAUAGAGAAAGACAUGUGUUUAAGUCUGAGAUUCCUUUUUGGUAUUUAAUUCAAGCAACAACAACAAAAAAGACUUUCUAUACAUUCUUAAUUGAAGACUAUUCAAAUAUUCAAAUAUAUUAUCAAAUAUUCACUAGUAUUUACUAUUACAAAUGUUAACGGUUUAAAAAUUUUUUGGUUUGGCUUUGGCAAACACUGUUUGAUUUAAAAUAAUAAAAAUUUACUCCAACUGCUGCGUCUUCUUAUGCUACUGCUGGUGGAAACACAAAAGCUUUUUUUAAUUUUUUUAUCUAUUCAUUUUAAGGUCAAGGGUCUGAUUAACAUUCAUUGGUCUCUAAAUCUUUCAAUUCCUUCCCUCAUUACUCUUCAAAAAAUAAUACUCCAUUAUGACAGAAUGCACAAAUAAGUUUUUACAAGUUUAAUUUCUUUUAAAUAACUAGAUUAUCAAAAUUUUAAAAAGAAUUCAGGCACUUUUUAAUAACACCUAAAAAUGAGCCCAUGGCUAUUUUUACUGACCGACUUUUAACUGUUUCUCUAUCUUGUGAUAUCUCAAUUUAUAACUCCUCUGUGUUAAAUUACACUGAUGGGACAUUCUUUAGGAAAACCUUCACAUUUCUUUCUAUAAAAAGCCCCACAGUUAAUGUUACAUGUCAUUGCUGUCCCUAAGCAUUUACUUGCUAAUACUUGUAAACUAUGGAACUCCAAGGUGUUCAAAAUUAAAUAAAUAGGACAUGAUGAAAUAAAUAACUC